AAAACAUUUCACAGAGAGAGAGAAGAAACAGAGCAAAAGAAGGAAUAUUCAAUGUUUGUUCCCUGUAAUGGCGAUUUCAAGCUUCGAUACUAAAAACCCACAAAGCAAAGCGACUGCUCCCAUUGAAAUCCACUGCGUUAAAUGCGAAUCCUGCGGAUUCACAGAGGAAUGCACCUUUUCUUAUAUCCUUCGUGUCCGUGAACGAUACCAGGGCCGUUGGAUUUGCGGACUCUGCAUCGAGGCCGUCAAGGACGAGGCUCGGAGAUCGGACACGAUUAUCUCCACGGAGGAAGCACUGGACCGCCACAUCAGGUUCUGCAAUGAGUUCAGGGCGUCGAGUCCUUUAGACGAAACAGUGCACCCCAUUUCUGCCAUUGGAAGGAUUCUUCGUCGAAGCCUGGAUUCACCCAGACAUUUCAAGACUCCAUCUCUUCUUCGGUCUGAGAGUUGUUUCUCAGCUCUUUUUGGCUUAAAUUAUUCACGUUUAACGGUAAGUACAUGGAAAAGAAAGGAGGAAACAGAGGAAUUCUGUUUCAAUAUCAGAUUGUUCUAUAAAUAAAUUUAUCUGAAGUUUGGCAUCUGAAUUUCAUGAACCUUCCGGUAUAUAUAUGUAUGAUGAAAAGCUUCGGCUUUCAAAGUCUCUAGGAGUUGGAUUAUUCAGGUAUCUUCUUUUUCUUCUUCUUU